CGUGAGAGAACAGAUUUGCUAAACGACCUAGUCUGGUUGAGUUUGGUAUUUACCGAGCAAACCAGCUCCCAUCAAUACUGAAAGUAAAAGCACGCAGUGAAGGUGUAGCCAGUUUUGGUGUUUGCCAGACAAUGCCUGAGCCUGUGUAAUCUGAGGACACGUCGAGCGCUUAUUACAGUAAAAAGCUUAUUUUUGCUUCACAACUUUAAUGUAAUGGAUUAAUAAUCUUCAGUAAACAUGGAAUAUCUCAUUGAAACAGAUGCUGAAUCGCAAGAUAUUGUCCCAGACCCAAUGUCUGAACUUUUACCUGACAAUGUCAUCUCAGAAUAUCUCGACUCACUUGAGUUUUUUGAAGAAGAUUUCGAUCCCAAAUUCUUUGAUAACUUUUCAGCAGUCGACACAGACACAACCUGCACGCCAAUACCAGAAGCUGCUUCUUUCCCAGAUGAAGUGCAAAGCAGAAAGCGAAAAGUUGAUGCAACUUCACACAAAACCCGCAGAUCCAAACGCAACAAAAAAGCAACAGCGUGGCCUAAAAGUCCCUCAAACGGAAGGCCGCCCAACAUUACCCCUGAGAGUAGCUUUCUUCUGAGUUCAAACCCAUUCCAGCAUGUAUUGCGCAUUCCCUUGAGCCCCCCUCUUCUGCCCUCUAGUGGAGGUUCACCACUACAAUUCAUCCAGACCAUCGGCCCUUAUACAGCGCCUCUAAUUGGCACUGUGGUUCCAACAGGGCCUACAUACGUGAUUGUAUCUGCAGUGUCGCCGCAAUGUGUGAGUCCAGGCACUCAGAUAAUUCCUCUUUCACCUGCCGAUGGCACAGUUGCCCCGCCAGAGCUCACUGGUUCCGUACUUCCAGUUGGCUCAUCUUCAGACAGUGCAUGCCAGGGUUUGCCACCAGUAUCUGUAGACACACUCUCCCCUACAAAAGAAGGAAACCCACAAAAAAACUAUGAUUCCACACCUCCAAAAACCGAAAGGAAAAUCCGCCCAGAAGCACCAGCCAGCGCAUUGAAGCGGACCUUCUCCAUUAACCUGCAAGAUACAUGUAUUCCCAUCUGUGGCCUCAAAGAGCUUGUGGGACUCAAAUGUAUCAAAUCAUUCUGCCUUGAGAAAAACCAAAUAGGAGACUCUGGCGCUGAGAAGCUUGCUGGCGUUUUACAUUUUUUGGAAUGUCUGAAAUUGCUAAAUCUGUCUCAAAACCUCAUUGGAGAUGCUGGAGUGGAGAAACUGGCUAAAGCUUUGCCAUCAGUCCCUUCUCUACAGAGCCUCAGCCUCUAUGGAAAUGUAAUUUCUGACAGUGGAGCUGAAAAUCUGGCCUUGGUUUUACCAGACAUGAACUUCCUGCAGGACUUGGAUGUUAAGUUCAACAAGUUCACAGACAUUGGAGCUACAAAGCUCAGUGCUGCUCUGAAAAACUGCACAGGAAUGAAGUCUCUGGAGCUGUGGAAUGACUGCAUUCCAUAUGGAGUUUUUGAACACCUCCGUCUUCAAGAGCCACGGAUAAGAUCACUUUAACGCAUUUUGACAUUUAAAGGGGUCAUAUGAUGUUGCUAAAAAGAACAUUAUUUUUUGUAUUUGGUG